AUGGGGAACAGGUCGAUUAUUAAUGUGAUUGAUUUUAUUUGCAGUGAUCAAUUCACCAUCUUUUUACACGACGAAGGGGAAAAUGAGGGGGAUAGGCAUAAGGUUGUUGAUGAUAAUGUUGAGCAAAAUGUGGGUGGAGAUAAUGAGUGGAGUGGUGAUGAUGAUGUGGAUUAUUAUCCAUCUGAAAGUGAGGAAAUUGAUGAUGAGCUAAUUGAUAUUGAAUUAUCUAAUGAUAAUGAUGACGAUGAUGUAGAAGAUAGGAGAAAUAAGAAAGAUUUUGAGGGUGAUGUGCAUUCAUCUGAAAGUGAUGAGGAUGCAGAGUCAGGCUAUUUAAAAGCAGAUAUCCUACAGAGAUAUGCAACUGAAGUCCACAAAGAUAGAGUUUACAAAGCUAAGGCCAUUGCCAUAGAGCUCUUAAGAGGGUCAGUAGAAGAACAUUAUGCCUCACUAAGGAGAUAUAUAGCAGAAUUAAGAAAGGUUGAUAGAGGUGGAAGAUAUGAGUUGCUUUUGGGUGAUGCGGCUGUUUUCAAGGGACUCUACAUGGGUUUCAGCUCACUGGUGAAAGACUUAUACUUGGGUGGAAUUUUGAUGUGUGCUGUUGGCAAGGAUGGAAACAACCAAAUAUUUCCAAUUGCUUGGGCUAUAGUUGAGGUAGAGAAUGAGCAAUGUUGGACAUGGUUUCUAAAGUGUCUCAUUGAGGAUCUUGGGAUAGCAGAUGGGGCAGGAUGGACAUUUAUUAGUGACCAACAGAAGGGGCUUCUAAAUGCAGUCAAUACUUUGACGCCAUUUGCAGAGCACAAAAAUUGUGCAUGCGAUGUGUACAUGAAUUGGAAUAAGCUACACAAGGGACAAACAUUGAAAAAUCUUUUAUGGAAAUAUGUUAGAAGCACCUAUGUGGAGGAAUAUAAAUCAAUGCUUGAAGAUAUGAAGGCAGAAAGCCGAGCUGCUUACGAAGACUUCAUUGAGAGAGAUAUAAAGAAAUUUUGUAAGGCUUUUGUUGUGGAAUUGCUUGAAAGAUGA